AUGAAGCAGCAAAUGCAAGGCGGACCGGUCCCGCUUGACGUCGAAAGCUACCCAGUUGCACCAGAAGGGCUGGACCUAGAGCAAGUGCACGUAUACGUGAGGCAUGGCGAACGUACGCCGGUCAGAGUACGCAUGUCGGAUCCUCCAGCAUCCAUACCAGCAGACUGGCAGAUGUGCAACACCGCAAAAAGCUUUCACGAGACCGUAGCUGGGCAUAGUCCUACCGUAGAUGACGGAUUGUGGUAUAGGAAAGUUGUAGAGAAUAGGCACGGAAAGACAGCUGAGGGAUUAUGCCUCCUGGGGGAACUCACAGAUAUCGGCAAAAAGUCCACAUAUUCCUUUGGGACGGCAUUGCGAAGCCUAUAUGUAGAUAGAUUGAAAUUUCUUCCCCCAAAGCUCGAGGAUGAGCGUUUGACUUACUUCCGCUCUACGAACAUCGCGCGGACAAUCGAAUCUCUGCAGCACAUAGUCCACGGAUUAUACCCUCCAUCUACCUGCGCUCCAGGUACGAUACCCUCUAUCAUCAUACGUAAUGGAAUAGACGAGAAUCUCGUCAGCAAUACCCUAGCCUGCAAGCGGCUGGCCCUCUUAGAAUUACAAUUUGCUGAAGCUGCUGUCGCUGUUUGGAAUCAGCGUUUAGAACCGUUGGAUAAGAAAGUUUCUAAAUACAUAGGCGGUAAGCCAUUGCGCCUUGACGGAACUCCUCGAGCUUCGGGGAUUCUUGAUACAGUACGCUCGGCAGCUGCUCACGGUUUCCGAGUCCCAUCAGAAUUCAUGGAUGACGAUGUUAUCGGUUUAAUUGAAGCAGCUGUAACAGCAGAGUGGUUUGACAGUAAGCCCCUAGUCCAUUACCCUACACCGUGUACGAGUAUUGAUCGUCCUCUAGUUUUCAAAUCAGAAGAUGGCCGCCGACUAGGAAUGGGCCGCCUCCUCGCAGACGCUUCAGAAGGAAUGCAACGCAAGGCCCGACUCGAUUCAAAAGAGCCAACAAAACUCCUUGUGCACUCGACGCACGACUCGACGCUUGCGGCAUUGCUCUGUACAUUCGAUGUAUUCGAUGACAAGUGGCCGCCAUUCACUUCAUCAGUAACAUUUGAGCUCUUCCGAAGACAAACUCCGGCUUUCGAACAAACCAAUCUCUCGGGCCUCCGCGCUCUUUCAUCAGUUUGGAGACGACAGGACGAACAUUAUGUCCGUAUGCGCUACAAGAAUAAGAACAUGGUGCUUCCUAUGUGCGCCGAGAAGGGGAAACAUCUACCGGGUUCGCCAGAGUUUUGCACGUUGGAGGCGUUUCAGCGGAAAGUAGGAGAGUUGACGCCUAGGGAUUGGGUCGGAGAGUGUUUCCCACGACCAUAA